AUGGCUAGCGCUUCGCGAUCAGGGGCUGGCUCUCCGUCGCACGAGAUGCCAGGUUCCAGCAGGCUGUUCUCCAAGAGAGCUCGCGAGAUUCAAGCCCAAGAAGGCGUGCCUGGAUUGCCGGUAAAUCCCUGGGGCGGUCCGCCAACAAGCGGCAACUCCACGCCCCUUCGCGAGAACAUUCCCGAGUCGCCAACCGAUGGCUUCCCUGACUUUGCUCAACUCCCCACACCUGAUUCCUUGCCUCAGGCGAGACGAGCUCGUGCUGGAACUGUACCCUCGCGGUUCUCGCCUGGUGGUGCUGGCAAUGGCUUGCUUAGCAUUCCUGCGAUGGCCCCCAAGUCGUCGCGACCAACGCCGUCCCACAGCCCCUUUAAAUCUUCCUCUCCUGGCCUCGAACCAACCGAGACGGCCUCCAACAACUCCGCCCUGCUCUCGCGUCUUCGUGCAGGAUCGAUGCCCCAGAGAAGCCCAUUUGCGCAGAUCCCGGGCACAAGCUCGCCAUUUGGUCCCUCCAUCUUCAGCAGCUGGAACCCCGCUGGUACUGUCCGCGACCGGGGCAUGACACUUGCGAGCAUUGCUAGCAUCGGCUCGACAAACGGGCCAAGCUCGCCGACCCAAUCCCAGAUUUCUAGAGAGGGAGGCGGAGAGAGUGAUGUUCAUAUGAGGACGCUGGAUUACUUGGGACUGGCUGAGACGCCCCAGCCUCCCCGCGCUCAAUUGGCCACCCCGUACAUACCGAGCUUCAACGAGUUUACUAAGGCUAAUCGUUUCCGCUCAUACUCGGUCAACAACAAGGACAAGUAUGCAGACGACGAGGAGGACGACUUUGAGGACAUGACUCUCGAGAGUCAGUACGUUGCCCACCUUCAGGACCAACUCGCGGCCACCAACGCUGCUAUUCACAACCACAACUUGGCUGUGCAAGCUUUCGCGAACCAGGCCACCCGCCCCCGCGCCAGAACCGCCGGCGUUCUUGACACGCCUGGUUCUCGCCUCAUGCGUACCUACAUGUCUGGCAACGGGAUGGGCAACGCAGUGCCUCCUGCCGAGAUCCGUCUCCCAGACGAAAAGGAAUUCGAUGACCUCCCUCAAGCCGUGGCUGCCAUGAACCUCGGACGGUCAAGCAGCCGCAAUGCCGGUCUGCUCAAUGCGGAGGAUCAGGGCCUCGAGGGUCCUACCAGCGCUCUCUGGCUCGGUAGCAUCCCGACCUCCACCACGACAUCGACUCUGACCGAAAUGUUCAAGUCGUACGGCCCCAUUCUGUCUGCCCGCGUCCUCACACACAAGAAUUGUGGCUUUGUCAACUUCGAACGGAUGGAGAGUGCCAUCACCGCCAAGGCCAGCAUGAACGGCAAGGAAAUCUUUCCCGGAGCUGGCCCGAUCCGCAUCAACUUUGCCAAGCCGCCCUCUGCCUCGAACACUCCCGGUCACGACGGGGUUUUCCCUUCGCCCAGCCCCGACCCUUUCUCCAAGAACCAGGAUACCCCGCAGAAUGCAGCCUCUGGCGCCGCCGCCGACAACGGGAGCACAGCAGCUCAGUCAGCCAAUGCAGCUCCCACUGUCCCCCCUUUGUCCGAGAUGACGACCGACAUUUUGCGAAUCGUGAAGCAGUUCCAAGCUUCGGACGAGGAUGCAGCCAAGAUCUCCCGCAGCCUUCAGUCUUCUAUCCAGUUCACCAACUUUGUCGACGAGAUCCCCCCCAUCCGGGAACCAGCCCAUACCCGGGUUCACGAUGCCCCGAGGCUUAGAGAUAUCAGGAAAAGAAUCGACAACCAGAGUCUGUCUCAGGCUGAGAUCGAGACGACCGCCCUCGAUAUGCUGCCGGAGAUUGCCGAGCUGUCAUCCGACUACCUCGGCAACACGGUUGUACAGAAGCUUUUCGAGCACUGCUCUGACGAACUCCGGGAUGCCAUGCUUGCCGAAAUCUCUCCUCACAUGGCAGAAAUUGGUGUACACAAGAACGGCACUUGGGCUGCCCAGAAGAUUAUUGACGUCUGCAAAACUCCUCAUCAGAUGACCUUGAUCGUGGAGAACUUGCGCCCUUACACCAUCCCCCUGUUCCUCGAUCAGUACGGCAACUACGUCCUCCAGGGAUGUCUCAAGUUUGGAGCUCCUUUCAACGACUUCAUCUUCGAGACGAUGCUCAGCCGGAUGUGGGAGAUUGCUCAAGGCCGUUAUGGCGCCCGAGCUAUGCGUGCGUGCUUGGAGAGUCACCACGCCACCAAGGAGCAGCAGCGAAUGCUUGCUGCUGCAAUCGCUUUGCACAGCGUUCAGCUUGCUACCAACGCUAACGGAGCUCUGCUGUUGACUUGGUUCCUGGACACCUGCACGUUCCCCCAGCGCAGGACUGUUUUGUCACCUCAGCUGGUCCCCUACCUCGUACACCUAUGCACUCACAAAGUUGCGUAUCUCACGGUGUUGAAGGUAAUCAACCAGAAGGCCGAACCCGAAGCGCGCGACACCAUCCUCAAGGCACUCUUCUUCACACCCAACGACCAAGUCCUCGAGGCGAUUCUCAGCGACCACGCCUGCGGCGCCACCCUCAUCUUCAAGGUUCUCACCACCCCCUUCUUCGACGAGAGCAUUCGCAGCCAGGUGGUCGAGAAUGUCAAGAACGUGCUGGUACGCAUCAAGGCGCAGCCCGGACAAGGCUACAAGCGCUUGAUGGACGAGGUCGGUCUGUCAACUCGUAACAGCGGCGGUGGCGGUGGCGGCGGCGGCCGUGACCAUGGGCACGGAAACUCCAACUCCAACAGCAACAACGAGCAGCGGCAGCGACCGACUUCCCGCCAGGCCAACAUGAACAGUCAUCACCAGCAGGCGGCCCACGUGAGCAAGCAGCAGUACUACAAUCCGUUGAACCAGCCUGCCAACGCUUCUAACUACGAUUUGGGCUUCGGUGGCCAACGCAACGAACCUGCCGACGCAAACAUGCCGCCUUUCCCUCAGUAUGGCGUACAGAACCCAAUGUACAACCCGUCGAACUCUCCGAUGCCGACUCCUGCGAACUUGCAGCAGCUGCAGUACCAGCAGAACAUGCUCAACCGCGCAACACCUCCUGUCAAUAACUUCUUUCCCCCGAUGCAGGCAGGCUUUGGAGGUUACAAUAGCCCAAGUCCCUCGAUUGACCAGUAUCGCAGCCAGAAUCUGGCAAACAGCAGCCCCAUCCAGCCGCCGGCGAACCAGCUUCCUCAGAUGCCGCCAGUCCAAGCGCCGUACGCACCCCCUGGAUUCGGUAUGAACAUGGGCAUGACGGGCUACGGCGGUUACGGCAACAUGGGGGGCAUGCAGAGCAUAGCUUAUAUGCAACAGGAGCAAGUCAACGGAAGACGUGGCCGAGCUCAGAGAUGA